AUGGCUGUGGCGCUGGGGUUGGCUGAAAGAGGCGGCCAGUCGAGGUUUAAUGUCCGCCAUGUUGGCCGUGGCGUAUUGAGCAGAGCCGGAGCGGCGGAGGAGAGAAAUCGGCGCCCCAGCCUAGCCGCGCCAGCCGGCGCUGCUGGGACCCGCCUCGGAGCGAGCCCCGCCCUGUCGCGGGAGCCCCGGUCCCUCCAUGAGAGCGCUCGGCGGGAUCCGGCUCUCAGCUCGGAGCGCUCUCGCUGCCUCCCCCCCCUCCUUAGCCGGAGCAGCAGCCGCCAUAGCAGUUGCAGCCGCCGACGACUAACAUGAGCAAACUGUCGUUCCGGGCCCGGGCGCUGGACGCGUCUAAGCCGCUUCCCGUCUUCCGCUGCGAGGACUUGCCCGACCUGGCCGAGUAUGCCUCCAUCAACCGGGCCGUGCCGCAGAUGCCCACGGGCAUGGAGAAGGAAGAGGAGUCGGAACACCAUCUUCAGCGGGCCAUUUCAGCACAGCAGGUAUAUGGAGAGAAGAGGGAUAAUAUGGUCAUACCGGUCCCAGAAGCAGAAAGUAACAUUGCUUAUUAUGAAUCCAUAUAUCCUGGAGAAUUUAAGAUGCCAAAGCAGCUUAUUCACAUACAGCCUUUUAGUUUGGAUGCUGAGCAGCCAGAUUAUGACUUGGAUUCAGAAGAUGAGGCUUUUGUGAAUAAGCUGAAGAAAAAAAUUGAUAUUUCUCCUUUGCAAUUUGAAGAAAUGAUAGAUCGACUGGAAAAAGGCAGUGGUCAGCAGCCUGUCAGCCUGCAGGAGGCCAAGCUACUCUUGAAGGAAGACGAUGAACUGAUUAGAGAAGUAUAUGAGUACUGGAUUAAAAAGAGGAAAAACUGUCGUGGUCCAUCUCUUAUCCCAGCAGUGAAACAGGAGAAGCGUGAUGGUUCCAGCACAAAUGAUCCUUACGUUGCAUUUAGAAGGCGAACAGAAAAGAUGCAGACUCGAAAAAAUCGAAAGAAUGAUGAAGCUUCUUAUGAAAAGAUGCUUAAACUGCGGCGGGAUUUGAGUCGUGCAGUAACAAUUCUAGAGAUGAUAAAGAGAAGAGAAAAAAGCAAGAGGGAGUUACUGCAUUUAACACUGGAAAUUAUGGAAAAGAGAUAUAAUUUAGGCGAUUAUAAUGGAGAGAUCAUGUCUGAGGUAAUGGCACAGCGGCAGCCCAUGAAGCCUACCUAUGCUAUCCCCGUUAUUCCUGUUCCUAAUAGCACUCAGUUUAAACACCAAGAAAGUAUGGAACUGAAGGAAUUUAAAGCCAACAAGCAAGAGAAGGCUGAUGCUAUACGACCCAAAAGAAAAUAUGAGAAGAAACCCAAAGUUGUACCUUCAUCGGCUACUGCUGCUACUCAACAGACAACUCCUGCUGCACUACCAGUCUUUAAUGCUAAAGAUAUGAAUCAAUAUGACUUCCCCAGCUCCGAUGAAGAACCUCUUUCCCAAGUCUUGUCUGGUUCUUCUGAAGCUGAGGAAGAAAAUGAUCCUGAUGGUCCAUUUGCUUUCCGUAGGAAAGCAGGCUGUCAGUAUUAUGCUCCUCAUUUAGACCAAACUGGUGACUGGCCGUGGAGUAGUCCUAAAGGGGGAACAUUAGGAGAUGAGCGUUAUAGAUACUGCUUAACGACCCUUACUGUACCACAGAGGUGCAUUGGGUUUUCACGUAGACGGGUUGGACGUGGUGGAAGGGUGCUACUGGACCGAGCGUAUUCGGAGAACAACAGUGCAUUUUGCCAGCUGGAUUCAGAAAUGCUUUCCUCACAACUACACUCUUCAAUCAAUCAAUUUGCCAAUACCUCAGAAACAAAUACCUCGGACAGAUCUUUCUCUAAAGACCUCAGUCAGAUACUAGUCAAUAUCAAAUCAUGUAGAUGGCGGCAUUUUAGGCCUCGGACACCAUCCCUACAUGACAGUGACAAUGACGAACUUUCCUAUAGGAAAUUACACAGAAGUGUAAAUCGAACAGGCACAGCACAACCUGGGACCCAGACAUGCAGUACCUCUAUACAAAGUAAAAGUAGCAGUGGUUCAGCACACUUUGCAUUUACAGCCGAACAAUACCAGCAACAUCAGCAGCAACUGGCACUAAUGCAGAAACAGCAGCUUGCACAAAUUCAUCAACAGCAAGCAAAUAGUAAUUCUUCUGCGAACGCUUCACAGCACCUUGCAACUAACCAACAAGAAAGUGGCUUUCGCUCGAAUCUACAUCUUAGCCAUACUCUAGAGUGUUUAGAAGGGAUGCUACAGGGUUUUAUUUCCAAGACAUUGGAUUCUGUUAGUGCUCAAUUUGCUGCUUCAGCAUUGGUUACAUCAGAACAGCUCAUGGGAUUCAAAAUGAAGGAUGAUGUGGUGCUUGGAAUUGGGGUGAAUGGCAUCCUUCAAGCCUCAGGAGUAUAUAAGGGCUUACACCUCAGUAGUACUACACCUACAGCACUUGUACAUACAAGCUCAUCAUCAACAGCAGGUUCAACCUUGUUACAGCCUUCAAA